UGUGAUGCUGCUGUGACUGGUUCUGGUUUUUCUCCUUCACCACCACAGAAGAGACUGAAGGGAGAAGAUGAUCUGCUGCAUCCUGCUGCUCCUCACACUCACCUCCUGUGUCUGUGGAACAUUUGUAGUGAACGUGACACAGAGCUCCUAUCAGGCAGAGGAGAACCACAACAUCACACUGGAGUGGAGCUUCACAACCAAACCUCACACUCCAUCUGACUUCCUUAUUAUCUUCUGUCAGCUGAUCACUGAUCUCAGAGCCUCAGUCCUGUAUCAUCUACGUGAGGGUGUUGAGUCUCAGGAUGAAGAGUUUUCAGGACGAGUCCAGUGCGACAAAGACGUCCUCAGAGAAGGACGAAUCAGACUUCAUGUGUCCAGACUGAGGACUGAGGACUCAGGACUGUACCGGUGUCAGGUCCUCACCUCUGAUGGGAGGAGCUCUGGUAAAUGUCACCUCAACGUCUCUGCAGCUGUUGAUCAGCCUGAAACUCAGAGACCAACUGAGAGACCAGAACCAGAGAGUCGGGGAAGGAUCGGCCUCUACGCUGGACUGGGACUGACAGCAGCAGCAGCAGCAGCAGCAGCAGCAGCAGCAGCUCUACUGGUCAAACUCUGCUGUUCCUCAACUCCUUGUUUCACUAAAUCUCCUGAUGAGACAGUAAACCUUUAAUCAGAGGUGGACCUCUUCUCCUCACAGCAAGCAUUCUUAAAGAGCACAAGAGCUCCCAGGGAUCCAAACAGCACGAACAGACCGAAAGCUACUGGCCACCCAGCGUACAUCCAAGAUUCUGCCAAUGCGAAGAAGU